GCUUAGGCUGUUUCUUAGCCUUCUUUAGCUUUAAUUUAUAAUUUAGGUGUAGGGUUAUUAGGUUUAUAAUGAUAGACAGCUUCAAAGUUUUUUUAUUAGUAUUAGUACUUUUAUAUUUAUGGAAUAAACAGUAGUAAAAAGAAUAUUAUUUAAUUUUAAAUUUUAAAUAAGAGAAUUAUUUUGAGGAAAAUAUGGAGUGAUUGAUAUCCUACUCUUUUUUUUUCUUUAAAAACGAUUAUUAUUUUUUAGUAUUUAAUUAUUUUGAAAGAAAUAGGGGUGAUUUAUAUUCUAUUAUUUUUAAAUUUAAAAAUUGCCAAUAUACAAUCUAGAGGAUAUAUUUGGACGAGAGUUGAAUGGUCCGAUCCGACCCGACCCGACCCGUCCCGACUGGUAAUAGUUACAUAAGAACUUUCACGAAUGAGAUUUGGGGAGCUCUGCAGCUACAGUUUGUUUUCACGAAGAACGCUGUGCUAAUGGCUUUCCGUCAGAUCGGACAACUGGCUAGGGUUAUUGUUAGAGCACCGAAACAAAUAAAGAGAUACUGCCAAGAAAUCCCUGUUGGUCCUGAAGGAGAUUAUCGCCAUGAAGUUAACGCUUUCACUUAUGGGUUUAUGUCAAUGACGGCUCUCUACAUACUCUGGUCACAAAAGCAAAUGAUCGAUAUCCAUAAGCCUAUUCAUAAUCAUGUAAUGGAGAAGCACAGGAAGACUGAAGAGAAGCUGAAGAAGAUGUCCAAGUGAAAAGGAUUAUGAUCUUUUUCUACUUGAGUAAAUUCUGCCUUUUUUGAUAUGUAGUGAGAUGCACUUCUGAAGCACAAAUAACUCUAAAAAAAUUUCCGAGUAUGAAGCCAGAGACUGCAUCAAAUUCUCUUCAAGUUUUGUUCGUUUUCUCAUACACGCAUAUUACGUCUGAAUUAGACAAGAGUGAAAGAAUGUUUCUUUUACUUGCUUCGCUAAACAACCAACAUAGUUGAAUAUUUAUACUAGUGAAGUACAUAAAUGAAUGCCUCUCCUUGAUUGUUCAA